AUGCUUGAUGUUGUUGAUGGUGAAGCUCAACAUGUUGAAUGCAGUAAGAUCCAAACACCAACUGAUGUGCUGGUCGUGCCUUCCGAUACCUUAGCACCUGUACCUGAAGAUUUUUCUUUUUAUGAUAUAUAUUACAAACAAGUCAAGCUAGGCAAAAUUGUAGAUAAUAUUACAAUUUUCUUCUGUAUUUAUGGAGAAAUGCUUGAUGUUGUUGAUGGUGAAGCUCAACAUGUUGAAUGCAGUAAGAUCCAAACACCAACUGAUGUGGUGGUCGCGCCUUCCGAUACCUUAGCACAUGUACCUGAAGAAUCAUAUGGCUUCUCAACUCUUCUUAAAAUUCGUCUUACGUUAGGAUUCUUUGGCAACUGA